UCUAAUAGAACAUUUUUUAUUUAAAUUACUUUAUUUAUUUUUUAUUAUGCCACAUAAAUGCUGUGUUGCAACAUGCAAAGGAAAUUAUAAGAAUGGCCCGAAGGUGGCUGUAUUUAGUUUUCCUACGGAAGAACAACUGAGAAAACAAUGGAUUUGGAACUGCAAACGAAAAGAUGGAUUCAAGCCUACGAAACAUUCAAAGGUGUGUGAACUUCACUUCAAGCAAGAGGAUGUUCUGAGGCAAACUGAAUUCUUUGAUGAGAAAACUGGAAAGAAGAUCAUUAUACCAUUGUCAUAUCCUCGUUUAAAGAAUGGGUGCAAUUCCAAGUCUGUUUUCCUGAUGGUCCGAGUCAUCUUAGUUCCAGUGUUUCAUCAAGGGAAUCACCAGAGCAUAAAAGACUCAAAAGAGAACAAGAUGCACUCGAAAAAGCCUUAG